UUCACUGACUUCUUCCACACAGCUGCCCAGAAGCUUUGCCACCUCCUUGGACUGAACGUCACUGAGUUCACACGAGCCAUCCUCUCACCUCGCAUCAAAGUGGGACGAGACCACGUGCAGAAAGCACAGACCAAGGAGCAGGCUGACUUUGCGGUCGAAGCUCUAGCUAAGGCCUCCUAUGAGCGUCUGUUCCGGUGGCUGGUGCACCGGAUCAACAGGGCCCUAGACAGAACCAAGAGACAGGGGGCCUCGUUCAUCGGCAUCUUGGACAUCGCAGGCUUUGAGAUCUUCCAGCUGAACUCAUUCGAACAACUCUGCAUUAACUAUACCAACGAGAAGCUGCAGCAACUCUUCAACCACACCAUGUUUGUGCUCGAGCAGGAGGAGUACCAGCGGGAAGGCAUCGACUGGGCCUUCGUCGACUUCGGCCUUGACCUGCAGCCCUGCAUUGACCUCAUCGAGAGGCCG